UAUAUACCCUUUGGCAGCUCUUCUCCAGGUGAUCUCAAUGGAAAUGCCACAGCUUUUGCCACUCAAAAUAAAUCAGCUAUGCCCAGUCACCUGAUGGCAUAUCCAGGCAAGUUUGAUCAUGAGUAUCCUGGUUUGGCAGAAAAAUCCAGAACGGUCAUGAAAAGGUCAACUAUUAAGGUGAACCAAACUGUGAUGUUUACAACUAUAGCCUUGGAAACCCUAACAAGAGGUAAUGCAUAAGCCAUGGGAAUUUACACACAGCUUGACUUCCAUAAGUCGUGUCAAAAGGUCGGCAAAACACAGAACUACUGAUUUCAAAGGAGAGUUAAAUGGGAAAGACACUGAGAUGGGUAGUUUUCUCUAAGUCUCUCUGGGCCCAUCUGCACCAUACAUUUAAAGUACUAUUAUACCACUUUAACAGUCAUGACUCACCCCGCCCCCCAAAUCCUGUGAAUUGUAGUUAUUAUUAUUAUUUAAAUCAUUUUUAUCGAUUUUCCAGUAAAAACAGCCAAUCAACAUAUCCACAUCAUAAUCCAAUUAAAAACAAUAGACUAAAAUGAUUUGUAGUUAUUUAAGGCUGCUGAGAGUUAUUAGGAAACCCCAUUCCCCUCACAGAGCUACAAUUCCGAGAAUUCUCUGGAAAGAGAGAAUGAUUGUUAAACCACUCUGGGAAGUACAGCACUAUGAGGGGAACAGGGGUCUCCUAGCAAAACUCAGCACCCUUAAACUGCAUUUGUAGUAUAGUAGCUAGUAUAGGAGAUCCAUCAGUUGUCCCAAUUUCAUAGGGACAUUUCAGAUUUGAAACCCACAGCCCUCACCCUUGGGUGAAGCAGUGACAGCAGGUACUGCCAAACGCCUUAGGACACUACAGGGCACCUGUGUCCUCUCGCAUCCCUGAGAGUGCAGUGUACCAGCUGUCUCAGCAUCGUGAGGGUACACCAAGGCAGUGAGCAGAGAGGAGCAUGUGACAGUGGCGCAAAUGGCGCUUGGCUGCAAUGUGCGCCCUGUCCUGGCUGGGAGGCAAACGGCCAAGCAGGGUCCCACACUCACUAAGUGGUGGUGGCAGUGGAACUGCCUAGAGAGCAACAUCUGACAUUGGAGAAGAAGAAGGUGAGCUCUGGCUUCAGCUCCCUCCACUCCUCCUCUCUGCCUCCCAACUGGCUGUGUUCCUUGUCAGCAGUGGGCUUUAAGGAGAGAGUGUGCUCCCUCAGCUUCCAGGAAACUUGUCCUGCCAGGGCAAGUGAGAGAUUCCAGCCUUGCUACAUGACCCUCAGGACCCUUCCAACUCUGCAGUUCUAUGAGUCGAUGAUUCUCUUAGUGGGUCAUGUGACUAGGUCCCAAAAGCCCCCCCCCCCAAUUUUCCUCUGUGACAUAUUGGAGGAUACGGUGGCUCCAGCUAACUCACUGAGCCGGUUCUGUUCUGGGGGUUCAUGGAACCCCCAGGAAGUGAAAAACACAGAAAACACUCAUUUUAGGACCUAAAAAACACAGUAUUCAGUAAAACAAAAAAUAUACCAUUACCGACAAGAUGUGAAUGUUUUUCAAGAACCACAAAAACUUUCAGUGGGGCUUGAUACAGGACGCAAGUCUUGGAUUAACCAUUCCUGCUUUAUUAUUUUAGAUUUUCUUUAGGUUAAUACACUUUGUAAACUUCCCUGAGGAUUCCUCAGGAUCAAAAGCACAGGAUAUGAAACACAAUAAAUAAAAUAAAUGAAUAUUACAUGUGGAAGCCAACCUAGAAAUUAAGCAUACAAGUGUUGUAACAUUGGUCAUGUAUUUGAGAAAAAAUUAUGGCUUUAUUGCCAUUACUUUUUUGAUGCUUUCCAAGCUAUUUAAUAAAAUAUUCAAUGGCAAGUAAAACUCACAUGGAGUAUACCAUAAAUCUGUAGGGUACACUGUAAAGAAAUACGGUAUUCGCUGAUUUAAAUAUUUGUAUUCCUACAAAAACACAACACAAAAUGUGAUGUAAUUCCUUCAGAUGUAUGACUGACCCUUUCACUUCUACCUGAAUGCAGAGAAUCAAAACGCUUCAUAACAGGAUUAACUCAACUUCUCAACUAAAUUCCUUUAGGGUAUCGUAAUGCAUGCUAAGAUUUCCAGGCUGUACUAUGAGAUCACAUUUUUCCUUCUCACUUUAAAAUUGUCAUAAAUUCUAUAUGAGUACCAAUACUGUUUGCUUUUUCAGUAGCUAUAUUCACCUUUAAAGAAUGUUAAGACAUCUAUAAAUAGCAUUUAACAUUAUAUAGGAUGAAAUAGUCAUAUGUCUAUAAGGAACAAGGCAUGCAACUUGGAAAUGGGACUGCCAUUUUACAAGGGAUUUCCAGGACACUAUAGUUAAUGUAUUUUUAAUUUAAGAACAUAUGUACUGAAAAGAUGUAGCAGUUAAAAUCAGGAAAGGCAUUCUUCUCCCAUGGCAGGGAUGGGGAACCUGUGGGCCUUCAGUGGUGGAUGAACUCCAGCUCCCACCAACCCCAGCCUGCAUGGCCAAUGGUAAGGUAUAGUGGGAGUUGUGGUCCAGCAAUAUCUGAAGAGUCACAGGAAUGGUUCCCCAUUCCUGUAUAACAACAAACUAGCACAUCUUUGGGGGAACACUGGCUGCUUAUUUACAAAAUCAAAUAGCUUCCGCUUGAUGAACAUAAAUAUUCCAAAUAACAAAUCAUUUUGUUUAGAUUUAGCAACUGUCCAGCUAAUAUACGAGGCUGAAUACUGGGGCUUGAAUGAUGCGUCCUACCUAUACAGUGGUACCUCGGGUUACAGACGCUUCAGGUUACAGACACUUCAGGUUACAGACUCUGCUAACCUGGAAGUAGUACCUCAGGUUAAGACCUUUACCUCAGGAUGAGAACAGAAAUUGUGCAGUGGUGACACGGCGGCAGCGGGAGGCCCAUUACCUAAAGUGGCACCUCAGGUUAAGAACAGUUUCAGGUUAAGAACAGACCUCCAGAACGAAUUAAGUUCUUAACCCGAGGUACCACUGUAUCUCUAAUUCAAAAUCAGACUCUAAGAUCCCUCUCCCUGUCCCAUGCCUUGUCUUGUGCCAUGAUGGGAGAAGGGACUGGGUUUCCAUUUUAAAAAGAGAGCCAGAUAAUAUGAUGAUUCUCACACCAUGACUUAAGCUGUCAAAAUAACCAGAACACAGAUACAGUGGUACCUCGGGUUACAUACGCUUCAGGUUACACACUCUGCUAACCCAGAAAUAGUGCUUCAGGUUAAGAACUUUGCUUCAGAAUAAGAACAGAAAUCGGGCUCCAGUGGCGCGGAGGCAGCAGGAGGCCCCAUUAGCUAUAGUGGUGCUUCAGGUUAAGAACAGUUUCAGAUCAAGAACGGACCUCCAGAACGAAUUAAGUACUUAACCUGAGGUACCACUGUACUGUAUUCUGAAGUGUUGCUUGCUUGACUUUUGAAUGGCUAAGUAAGAUGCGACUGUUUGAAUGUGACAAACCGGGCCUUCAGAAAAAUAUUGCAGUGGGAUACUCCUGUUCAAGGUUCAGGGUUCCAACAAUGUCUUUUUCCAGGAUACACCAUUCCAUUCCCCUUGGCCUUCUCUCACCCACCUCCAGGUGUAUCCAUUAGUAUCCAUUAACGUGGGAGACAGGGCCAUAGCACACAUCCAAGUCUCUAACACUCUGGUACGCAUCACCCCAUCCACUGUGCCCAUGCAUGGGAAGAUCUUCAGGGGACAUUUGCUCUCAUUUGCUUGAACACUGGUGGAACCCUCUGCAUGAUCAGAGACCCUGCUCUCAUCUUCCAAAGGUGUCUCUAGCUAUUUUGACAUCAUGGUGGGUCGGUUACCUGUAAUUUUCCCAGCAAAAGAGAUACUCAUCACCUCUCACUUCAGCAAAUCAUGCACAAAGUUUCCAGUUUAAACCUCUGGGUAAGAAAACAUCUGUGUAAAUGAAUCCUUUGUAUUUUGAUAGUGCAUGCGUGCACACACACACACACACACAAGCAUUGGAAGUACAUGUUGGAUGUUUUCCAUACAUGAAAUGUAAGGGAAAAUAAAAUAAAUCCACCAGUUUGAUUGAUUUUCAUUAGGAAUUAUUUUUAAAGCAAUAUGUAUUAAACAAUGAAGCACGAGUAACAUGAGCUAAAUGCACAAAAAUAUUACAACCUUAAGCAUUUACCUACAUAGCACAGGAAGUGACUUUGUAUUGUAUCACCCCGAGGUGCCAUUUCAAGUUUCAGUAGUUGAAUGUGUGGGGUAUUCACUGCAAAGUUCAGAGCAGCUGUUAAUAUUGUUAUGAAGUAUUAAGGCACGGGAAGAGGAAGAUUUACCACAUCUUCAUAGCCAUGCACACCUUUUUGUGUAAGAAAUCAAAAUAGGCACACACCUCCAGUUUAUACAUAAGUGAAAUACACACAUCAAUACACACAUAGCUGCUCAUGUCUCAUGAAGGGUUGGUGAGUCUGUCGAUUUUGUUUCCUUCGCUUCUCAUUUUUCAAAUCUUCAGCUGCUCUUUCAGAUGAUCUCAAUGAAAGUGAAAAUCAAUCUGGACACAAAAGUUGUUGAGCCAAAUCUAGACUUCUGUAUGGCCUUGAACCUGGCUUGGUAACAAAUAGAUGUGUUUUCACGUGCACUUUCCCAAUAUUAUUAUUAUUAUUAUUAUUAUUAUUAUUAUUAUUAUUAUUGAUAUUAAGCUGCAUUGCCAAAGUCAGAGAAAUGCACAUUUGAAGGAGAGACACGUUUCAGUUUAUGUAUUGUUUUGUCACAGCAAGCUGAUUCACAGUAAAAUGCAAACUGGACUGCGUUUAAUUCCCAUCUCUCAUCCCUCUCCAUUCCACUGUCCUGGCUUCUGCUUGACUGCCAUACAAAAUGGAAGAAUCCUCAUUGUCUUCCACCACCAUUUUGCAAGCAUUUGUUGCAUCACAUCCUUGACAUUGUAGAAAGCCCCCUGUAAGAGGUGCACAUACCUUUCCUGAAUUUUUACUUUCAGGCCAGAAUUUCUUGGAUUGAAGGGGCUUUUGACCACUGAGUAAAUUAUUCCAUUUCUCCUCAGUUUCAUAUUUGCAUGCUUAUAGAUUUUAUGAGCUUAUAUAGUAUGACUAAGUUACAGUGUGCAUUGUAUUGAAAUAGCUUUUGGGGGGCAAGUGGGAUUUUAAAAAAUGCAAUUCAUAACGUAAAAAUUCAGCAGCAAUCUGAUAAGGGCUGGCCUUUGCCAACCACCACCACCACCACUCCAUUAUCUUCCCUACAGCUUGGAGAAAAUGUCCAAAACUGAAUAAAAAGGAAGUACAGUUUUGAGGUUUUUAGCUUUUCUUUGAACAAAGCUCAAAUCUGCUUCGUUUUUGGUCUGUAGAUCAUUUGAAAAUGAGUAAAAUGAAGAUCAUGUAUUGCUGAAAGCUGAGAUUGUUUAAGCUUCCUCUAAAUUGAUUGGUUUUUAAACAAUGUCAUAGCUGAUGUCAGUUGGAGUUGGAAAAGCUUACGUUUCUGCCAAGGGCGUUUACUGUAAAUUGGCAGUUAGCAACAUAAAGCUUGGAUUUGCUACUGGCAAACACAGUGAGGCCUAGAAGAGCAAACGGUGGGCAGCAGGGUAAUUUGCUUCAAUAGAAAAAUGGGACUUCAGAGAGAAAGCCAGAGAGAGCUAGGGAGCUUUUGUGCACUCUGCAUACAAAGUCUAAUAGGAACGUUUAGAAGGAAAGUCCUUGGCCUGGAUUUAAGAGCAAAUGGAGCCAUUUUGUGUCACUCUUUCACAUCUGGAAGGAAAAUAAGUGGCACUUCUGCACAAUGUAGAAUGGUAAGCUGGAAAAGGGAAUUAAUAAAGUAGCUGCCAGAGGAAUGGAAAAUGGUAUGUCAUGAACUAGUCAAUCCAUGCAAGUUGGAGCAUUCUAAAGUUGCACAAGGCCAAAACCAUGAUUUCAUGAACUGAAAUUGCUAGAAAAAGAUAUGUUAUUGAAAAUGCAAUACAGCUGAAUUGGAAACACAAGCAGCAUCACCCCCAAUGCCAACCAUUUGCCAUGGCCAACUCACAGGUGGGACCAGAUGACAGAAAUGACACCCCCCCCCCCAGCAUGCUAAUCCACAAAAAUAACCAAACCAUGCAAUUAAAAAUGGUUUUACUUGUGCUUGGAAAUAUCUCAUAAACAUUUUCACUGAAAUGACUAGGCAAUUCUUAAAGCAGGGGUUGGAGAAUAUCAGGCCCCAGUGUGUGGUUGUCCCUGGCUUGAUUGUGUUCUUGAAAUGCAAUCAUGCCUUUUGCUUACCUGGGUAUGGAAAUAUGGUUCUAGGGAUGUAUCUACAGAAACCUCUGGCUUUGAUGUGAGUGGGAUGUAGCCUGUUGUAGAAAGGUAAGAGUCACAUCUACUGCUCUAUCCACUUUUGUGUCUGGUCACAUCCACAUUUGCUUCCAAAUCUGCCCACCACUGGCAUGUGGGCCCUGGAAGUUUGCUCAUGAAGGAAUGUGACCCAUAGGCAUCUCUACUUGGCCUUCAGUUGAUCUUUGGGCUGGAAUGAAAAAUGUCCCUGUCCCCGUCUUCAAGUCUGAGACAAUGCCAAAGCAUGUUGCAAUGGAGAAGUAAUGGGGAAAUGGAUGAGGCAUUGGAAUAAGAUAAAAUUUGUGGUCUGGAGUAGACAUGGUGAUGUGUUUGAGUGAAAUAUCAGCAGAGGAACAGAGUAAGCAGGAGGGAGUCAGGAAUAUAGGAAGCUGCCCUGCACUGGUCCUUCUAGCCUAGUAUUAUCUGCACUGCCAGACAGUGGCUCUCCAAGAUUUCAGGGAAAUGUUUUCCCCAGCCCUACCUGAAGAUGCUGGGAAUUGAACCUGGGAAUGAUAGAUGCUCUGCCAGUGAGCUAUGGUCCAUCACAAAGUUGGUGACACUGGCCAGAAGGCUCUGUCCAGGAGCCAUCACUAGAACCCUUAUGUGGAGAGAUCUGGAGCAGGACUCUAUGGGAAGUUUGAAAGUACAGCUAUGUUCACAUGGGAGAAAAUGGUUGCGAUGGUAGAAUCUGGGCAAGCUGGAAGCAUAUAGAGAGGCAAGUAUUGGCUGAGGUACAGAAGAAGGAUCAGAAAUAUCAAUCUGGCACACUAACUCCAAGAGACCCCAACGGCAGAUAGAGAAAAACUCUGACCCCGCAGCUUGGAAGAGCUCCGUUGUAUGAACACAACAGAACUAUUCUCUCAAAAAUUAUAUGGCAUUUUGACUCCCCUCCUCCCAAACUGUGUAGUAUUAAGUUUUAUAACAUUACACAGAACAAUUCUAGCCUGUUUCUAACUUCAGUUGUGCUGGGACACAGUCCAUUUAUUUUUUAUUAUUUUAAAAAAGGAUGCACAUUGAAGCUUGGAAAAAGGAAGAUAAUGGCUGAAAGUAAGAUAUUCCUUUCCUUGUAGCAGGGCAAGUUUUACUGGAAAAACCUGCUAGUGCUUGCUUUAGUUCUGUACCUUCCUUAGUAAUUUUAUAACAGUUGUAUUUUUCCCCUAUUCUGUAAUUUUACCCUAUGAAUAAAAGACACACAACUGGCACACUUUUAAUGUCUCAGUUUUUGGGAACAUUCAUGUAAUUGACCAGAACAAAGUGGGGAAAGAAACAAGCAUUGGAACUUUAUGAGUGAUUAUAAAAUAGUGAAUAUGAAGCUUCACAUUUUGAGUACAUUUACACCAAACAAGGAAAGCAACUUAUUUCCCUAUUGAUUUCUUCCACUUUGGUACUUGACUAAAAACCAUUUUACAAUAUUAAAUUUAGAGAGGUUAGAGGUAUAAAAAUAUGAUAUGAUAAUAAUAUGAUUAAAAAUUAUAUAAUAAAUAGUAAUUUUGUAUUACUAUUUCUUCAUAUUGUUUCUCUUAGGUAUACCAAUGUAGGAUUGAAUCCUGCAUCUGCAAAAUACAGGGUGCAGGGAAGCAAUGUACUGAUGAACUAUACAUUUGAAACCAAUAAAAUAUAAACUCAACUAACCUCAAGAGUUAUUGAGCACAUAGUACAAAUAUAUGUUGGCUUUGCUGAAAUUAUUAAACUGGCAUGGAGGACCUGUGUCACUCCAGAUGUUGUUGGACUCCAUCAGCUUCAACCAGCAUGGCAAAAUGUCAGGGAUGAUGGGAGUCCAACAACUUCGGGGGGGCAUGUCCCCAUUAUAGUUAUAAAAUCAUGUGCACAGACAGCCUUUUGACUUAAGCUUGCUGACCAUUCUGUCCCUUAGAGAUUCAUUGAAAGCUUUGGCACACAUUGCAGAUGAAUGUGUAGGGCUUUCAGCAUUCAGAAGGCUUGAAAACCAUGAAUAUUUUAUUGGAGUUCUAAUUUUAAGACUGGCUUCUGGGUUUUUCUUUUGGCACUAUAGUUUAGCAAAGGCAACUCAGCAAUUAGGGUGGGUUUUUCCCCCUCCAGAAAAACUUCUUAUUACAGCCAGAAACCUUUAAAUUUAAAGUUUCUUGGUCUAGACUAAGAUGACAUCUACCAAAACAAAACACCACACGAGGAAAAGAUGCUUUAAUCACUCUCUUGCUGUUUCCGUCAUUUGCUGAGUGACAAUAUCAACUAGUUAUAGAGCAUAACCAUUUAGAGGGCUGCCUCCUGAUCUAACUGUGCUCAUUCUUCUCAAUCCUGGCCCACAGCCAUGAUAAGUCCUCUGCUGCACCUCCUAAAUCAUUAGUUUGGAAAUACAACAAAGAGCUGCUGAGCUAAGGCACUGUCACCAAAUUCUGCUGUUCUGAAUGGUAACCGUGCUUAUACAUUUCAGUUUCAAGUGAAUUGUCACAGACUCUACUUUUUUGCAUUAAUAAUAUUACAUUCCAUUGUUUUACUUCUUUUUCCCUCUCUGCACCCCUCUGUAUAUAUCUGACAGCUGAGGAUAACGCUCCAUGCAUCUGAUGAAGUGAUAUCUAGUCCAUGCAUAAGCACCACUUUUCAUCUGCUAUGUUGCUAGGAACAGAACUUUGGCACUGUUUAGUUUUACUCUUACUAAAUCUCAACUUAGUAUCACGUUUGAAACAGUCAUCCUGAUUUAAAACAAACUCUGGUAAGUUUAAUAAGAAGCCAACUUCAAACCAUGGUUUAUAAAGCUAACUUGCUAGAGUUUGUUUUGAACCAGGAUCCUUGGUUUGAAUGUAACAUUAAGCCUAGGUUCUAUAAAACUUAAAGGAAAUUCUGCUAAAGUUCUCCUGGUGACAUGGGAGUAAGACAAGGAAGUAAACUAGCCCUUUGCUAAACCAUGAGUGUAUUAUGUGAAUGCAGCUAUUAUGUAGACACACUAAAGCACUGACUGACUAGAGUCAACAAAUGGGCUCCAUUGGCAACCUAUCUUUGGCAAGUAGUCACAAAUAUGUGGAAACAUGGCUUUCUGCUUAGGUACCAAAUUUUGCAAUGAUUGAGAUCAUUACAUGAAGCAAGGCUGUUGCUAUUAGAUGAUUUUACCAACUUUGAUACUUGAAGGAAAAGUAGUGUGCACAUCUGGCAUGAUGGAACAUGAACACAGUAAAUUUAAUUACAGAGUGGACAGAGCCAUGGGCUCCAUGCUGUUGCUACUGUAAAGCCAAAGAGCAUUCAUAUUAACCCAACAUUUCCUUAUAAAAGAGCUGGUUUUACUGCAAUGUAGCUGGCUCUGUAACAUCCUGCUACUUGCUUUUAAAUGCGGAUAAAAAUCAAUGUUACCAUCUGUGCCAGGGGAGGUCACUCUACAAAGAGAAGUACUAAAAAUAUAUAUUUAAAAUGUGUCCUGAAAGCUGCCCCUAACCUGGUUAUUCUUGGCUAUUAUCUUGCUUUCUUGUUUCAUAGUGUUCCAACUCGAUGACUUCUUCCAUAAGACUAGACACUUUUCAACAGAAUAUAAUUAACUGGAACUUUUGUCUCUUCUUUUCAGUCCUUGCAUAUUUCCAUUUGUUCCCAUAGUUCUGAAGACACUGUUUGUUACAAUGUUUUCCAUUCAAAUGGACAGCAAUAUUUCAUAGAUAUAUUCUUCCUUUCAGGAAAGACUGUCUCAAAACUGAUCUUUCCACCCAAAAUAAUUGUGACAUCCUCACAGCACAACACAGCAGACUUUUCCUAUCUCUUUGCCAUUUUGGAAGCUGUUUAUUUCAUUUCCCCCCUCCCCAUUCACACAUUUGUUUACUGUCUGUGGACUUCUAUAGCACAGGAUACAGCCAACAUGUUUUAAAAUGAUCCUCCCUGGCUAGACUGCACAGUCCUGUUUGGACUAUAUGCUGAGCUAUGGCUCCUACAGUCUCAUCACACAAACUAAAAUGUGGCUGUGGCAUGCAUUGCUAAUUGUCUAGCUAAGUUCUGGGAGUUUGGGGGAUACCAAAAAUCUUCUCAGAAAGAGAUGCCUAUCUGUACUCUUCAAAUGUCUUAGAGAAUGUUGAAUAGGACUCAGGAGACCAGGGUUCAAAUCUCCACUUGGCUAUGAAUCUCAUUGAAUUACCUCCAUGUUCUCAGCCUGACUUACCGCCCAAGCUUUUUUGUCAUGAUUAAAUGCAGAGGAAAGUAUAUGUAUUCCACUUUGAGCUCCUUGGAGAAAGAGGUGGAAUAUAAAUGCAAUAUAUAAAUGAAUAAAAGUUUGUUUCUUUUCUCACUGUAAAUGUUAUCUUAGCAAUGCCAGGAUGAUUUUGUUCAGGAAUUCCCAUGAAUUGGUUGAUUUCACCAAGCAAGGCAGAGUGGCAGCAGUUGCAGUUAGAGCUGUUGUGAAUCUCCAUGGUGCUUUAAUUUCAUUUAUUUAUUGCAUUUCAUUGUCAUUCCCACCCCCCGCAUACCCAUACAUAUAUAAACCUGAGUGGAACUUUUCAUGUACCUGAAAGUGUAAAGGUAAAGGGACCCCUGACCAUUAGGUCCAGUCAUGGCUGACUCUGGGGUUGCGGCGCUCAUCUCACUUUACUGGCCGAGGGAGCCGGCGUACAACUUCCGGGUCAUGUAGCCAGCAUGACUAAUCUGCUUCUGGCAAACCAGAGCAGCACACGGAAAUGCCGUUUACCUUCCUGCCAGAGUGGUACCUAUUUAUCUACUUGCAUUUCACGUGCUUUUGAACUGCUAGGUUGGCAGGAGCUGGGACCGAGCAAUGGGAGCUCACCCCAUCGCAGGGAUUCGAACUGCCGACCUACUGAUUGCCAAGUCCUAGGCUCUUUGGUUUAACCCACAGCACCACCCACGUCCCCUACCUGAAAGUGUAUGCCACAAUAAAUUUAUUCAUCUUCAAGACACUACAAAAUUCUUUAUUGCGUGAAGAAUUUUCUACAAUAGGAUGUGAUGAUGAUCGCCAACUAUGAAAGCUUUUAAAGAGACUUUGACAAAUUCAUGGAGGAUAAGGCUAUCCAUGGCUACUAGUCACGAGGUCUACAUUAUUUCCAGUAUCAGAGGCAGUGUGCUUUUGGAGGUCAGUCACUAGGGAGCACAAAUAGCAGCUUACCUGGAAUCACAAUGCUAGCUUCCUGACAGGCAUAGUGGCAACUUAUCAGGAGGAAGGGGUGUGUGGCACUGGGGAUGAAAGUGCAUGCGCUCAUAGAACUAACCCAACACUCCUGCCUACAUUCCUACAUCACACCAACCUUCCUGCCAUAUUUUCUCUACCACCUGGUAAGUGGUAGUGACACACCUGAGAAGUUAGCAUUAUGGUUCUUCACCACUUGGCAAGCCACUUCUGCCAGAAGUGUCUUCCUUGUGGGAUUCCCAUAGACAUCUAUGACAACAGAAUGCUGGACUAGGUAGGCCUUUAGUUUUUUCCAGCAGGGCUUUUCUUAUGUUGUUAUGCUGCAACAGACUAGCAUGUCUACCUCUCUGGAAGUUGAUGCAGGGAGAUAGUGAGGCUUUGAAAAUGUGAACUGAGUGUGUGGCUUGUGAUGUAACCCAGUAUCCUUUGCAAUAGACAGGACUACUAUGGCAAACAUGCAAUGACCCAUAAGCAGACAAAUUGAUGUGGAAAGAGUUUCCUCAAGUACAGAUGGAUAAAUCUGUCAAUUUUUGAUCCUCUCAGUAUCUCAUUUUAACCAGUUAUAGGUUCAGCUCUCCACAUUCCUGCACCAGUUUGCAACUUCAAAAAACUCACCCGCAUUUCAGUGCAUAUUUAAACUAAUAUGGAAAUUUCUCUUUGAAAUUUUGACCCAUAUAAAUUUGGCAAGCUUUUUUUUUUUUUUUUUUACUAUACAGUGGUACCUCAGGUUACAUACGCUUCAGGUUACAUACGCUUCAGGUUACAGACUCCGCUAACCCAGAAAUAGUGCUUCAGGUUAAGAACUUUGCUUCAGGAUGAGAACAUAAAUCAUGCUCUGGUGGUGCGGCGGCAGCAGGAGGCCCCAUUAGCUAAAGGCUUCAGGUUAAGAACAGUUUCAGGUUAAGUACAGACCUCCAGAACGAAUUAAGUACUUAACCUGAGGUACCACUGUAUACUUCUUUCUACGAUACAUAUGUUUCCACACAUUAUUCACUUGUAAAACUGUAUAAGAAAACUCAGAAAAGUGCAAAUUUCAUAGGAUACCUGUGUUUCAUUUUGUUUCAGAAAGUGCAAAUCAUGUAGGUUUGCAUAAGAAUUCUAACAAUUUUCAUACCUGUUCCUACCCUCAAGAUUAAAAAAUUGAAAAUGAAACCUAUGUGACAUACAAAAAUAUUCUGUUUUUGGACUUCAGUAGCCCAAAGAUUUGAAGAUUUUGAACACCCUCUGUUAAGUAGUAUGCCAUGACUCACAGGGUGCACCAAUGAAAGACGUACAAAGGCUAAAUGUGAAGUUGUGAAUUUAUUAUAUUGGGAUAAUCUUUUAUGGGCUAUUUGCAUCAGACCUCAUAUCAUUAAAUUACUCCUCAGUAAUAAAAAUGAAAAGAUUCUGCAACCAUUGUGCGCCUUCCCAGAAGGUUCUCUUUCACUUCCUGAAAAAGAAUUUCAUUGACUAGCAGUUGAGAACAAUCAUGCUCCACAUUUUAAAAGCAAUAAACACUUUGUCCCAAUGAAAUCCUAAGUAUAUGAUGUGAACAUGUGCUUCAUUGUGGCAGUUGUGUCUAAAAUGUGGGCACCAGUGAGCUGGAAUGCUGGAAUGUACCACAUGUCCCUCUCUCCACACACACACACACACACACACACUUCACAAAGAUGUUUACUAACUCCAUUGUUUUCUUGUGAAUUUUGUAUUAAUUCUGGUGUGUUUCUGCCUUAAAAUGAUUUAACUCAGAAAUGUCUAAAGAUAGAUAACACCGUUGCCAUGGCAUCAUCAGAACAUACAUUGGUAUGAAUAAACAUUCAACAUGUACAUUAAGCGCUGGCUGUAGAAAAGCCAAAGACGUUUGAAACAAAAUCUUUCAUUGGCUUUCCCCUUCAAUAAUACUUAGCGAAUAAAUGGGAACUAAAUUUUCAGAUCUGUUUUCACAAGGUGAAAGAAUUGCUGUGGUAAAACGGCAUUUUGUUUCCCAUAUUCUGCCUCACACUGUAGUUUCUGGCGUAUUGCAUAUGUUACAACUGAGAACCCAAACCACAGCAAUAAAUCCACUUUGGUUUUGGCAUAGACGUUGUCGGAGGCACCAGUGAUCGUGCCUGCAGGCUAGUAGCUGCGUACAAUACAGACCAAUUCCUUGGGACAGUAAUAUUUUUACAAGUUCUUCAUGUUCUUGAUAUCCUUCAGCUCCUUCCAGAAAUAUGGUAGUGCUCAAAUUACAACUCAUUUAGUCAUCUCUUGCAGGCAUUGUAGCAUGAAAGUCCUUUUAUUUGUCACCACAACUUUUUUUUUCUCCACAGGAUAAAACGUGCACAGGGCUAUACUCUGGUGCCCUUUAAAUUUGCAGAAGGCUCAUUGAUCCAUUAGAGGCUUCCAUCAACAAAAUGGGGACAGAGGCCAUUUAGAUCAAAAAUAUAUCCCUUUCCCCGCUGUCCUUUAUUGUAAGGAUAAUCUCCCUUGGACCAGGCUGUCACCAGAAAGUUUUGAUACCAUUGGGCUAUGGCCAGCAGGGCUCAGUGCAACCAGCAGGCCUCACAUUCAGAGUCCAUCUCCUUCCUAGACUGAGUCCACACUCAAAAUCUGCCUCAAGGUUUGGUGGACCCUUCAGAAAAGUAUGGGCGGGAGAGGGAAUUUAGCAAAAAUCACCCCCACCCCUUGUUCCAUUGGCAGUAACCUCCAUUUAUCAAAGGGCCUUUUGUCAGUUGUUAGAAGACCCAGUUCCCUUCACAGAGCUACAAUUUCCAGAGUAGCUGGAGAAGAGGGAUUGACUGUUUAAACACUCUGAGAAUUGUAUCUCUGUGGGCAGGGAAAUAGGGGUCUCCUAACAAUUUCCAGCACCCUUAACAAACUAAUCUACCAGAAUUCUUUAGGGGAGGGAGCCAUGACGCUUUGAAGCGAUAUCCUAGUGCUUUAAAUGUAUGAUGUGAAUGUUGCCUGUUAAAUUGGCUUCUGUUAUCUUUGGAAUUUGGAGGAGUAGCUGUUCCACAAAUGGCUGUGAUCUACUGGGUAUAUAAAGGGUAAUGUGUUCUCUCAAGUAACCUCAUCCUGAAUUAAAUAUAUGGUCGUAUACGUUAGUACCAACGUCUUGAACUUGGUCCAGCAGCAGAUUGAAAGCCAAUGCAAAUCUAGCUGGUGGUAGUUUGGCCCCAUAACCAACCUAGCCACCAUAUUCUAUACCACCUGCAGCCUUUAGACCAACCUGAAAUAUAGCCCCACAUAGGGUGCAUUGUAGUAAACCAACCUUGAAGUUAGAAAUGCAUGAACACCUGUGCUUAAGCUAUCCCCAUCCAGGAAUGGCUGUAGCUGUCUUAGCAAUCAAAGGUGGUAAAAGGUGUCCCUGGUUGACUUUUUCACAGCAGCAUAAAAACUUGUUCUUUAUUCAAGCCUAUUCUAAACUACACACACAAACAACAUCAAUGCUCUCCCUGAAGACUGACUGCAGAAGACUUCCCUUGUACUAUUUGUUAUUGAUGAAAAGGCCCACAUGCAUAGCUUAGCCUACCUGAUGUCAAUGUUUCCAGUCCACCUUAAAUGUUUAGGGGGGGAAUCAAUGGGCUUAGAAAAUCCAGGAAAUUCUACAGCCCAUAUUUUCUACAAAGUCUAUUAGUGACAUCUUGUGGCCAGAUCAAGAUUUUCAGAGGACUUUCUAGCAGUUUGACAGCAGGGGGGCAUCUUUAGGACAACUAACUGCCUGUACUGGGGAAUGCUGUAAAAACAAAGAACCCAGUUUUCUUUUCUGCUUAUAAAAAUUGCAAGUCAGCAACCCCACCCCACCCCAGAUCCUUGUACAUAACUCUAAACUAAACUUUUGCAUGUGCAAGCGGGCAGGGGGUGUUGUCUGAGAAGAGGAAGCAGCUUUCUUAAUAAUGCUGUUCUAUAUUUCUUGGCUCUCAACAUCAAAGUUUAAUAAAACCACCGCAAAAGGAUAAUUUGUGAUGUGAUUAUUGUUCACAGCCUCUGGCUAACUUUUGUUGACACGCUGGAGACCGUGUUGCCGUUGACCUUGUGCUGACCCUCCGUGAUAACACCCACUUUGGUUCUUGCAGUGAAGUUCUAACUUUGAUAUUUAACAGAGCUGAGCAGAGAUGAAACCCAUUAAAGCCAGAAACAUUUUAGGCUUUCUCAUCUUCUCGGCUGGAGUAAACAAUCCUGUUAAAAGCCCUCCAUUUCCCUUUGCUCUCUUACAUCCAGCUCCAAGCUCAGAGAGAAACUUACAAGAAGCUUUGUUGCUUUCCACUGACAAACCAGAGAAUAGUCUAGUCAUUCCAGGUAGGAUUUAUUUCUGUCCCCCUCAAAAAUAAAAUAAAAAUUAGUGCAAAUCAAGAGUUAGCCCAAUACCACCCUCCUGGCUCACUUCAACUCCUGGUUUCAUUCACAAUAAGAGAGGGGGUAAAAUCACAUUCUGUGCUCCUAUCUCCACAAAAGCCUCAUCUGCAUUCUCUACUGCUCUCUCUGGGUUACUGGAGAGCUUUGGAACUAAUCCCCCUUCCCUGAUGUCUAGCUAGCUACAUACUUUGCAGGAUCCCACCAUGUAACAAUACCCUUAACUAGGGAUGGAGAAAUCUGUCUCAGUUUCUUGCCACUUCUGCCCCCCGCAAUUCAUCAGCAAUUGAGUGUGAAAUUACCCAAAUACACACAUUUUUCUAUGUGAUUUUGUCUAAUAAACACAUUUUUGCAAAGCAAUUUUCCCAAACGCAACACAUGUAUAUGUUAUUUUUCAUGAAUGUAUGCAUUUUUAUUCACACUGUAUUCACACUUCACCCAAUAAUUCUAUAAUAAUUACGUGGCUGAAGAGCUGCAUUGCAAAAUUUGGAGAGGUGCAUAUUGUUUCAGAAUGUGUGAAUUGGGUAUUCAAUGCCUGCCCUAUUCCUAUUCCUAUUCUUAAUGCAAGCAGCCUUCCUAGAGAGAAGAAUCGCUGUUGCUGCAGUAAUGGAGACACUCAUAUAACACUAGAACUCAUAGACAUCCAAUGAAGCUGAAUGUUUAAAAAAGGACAGAAAAAAAGAAAGUACUUCUUCAUGAAGAACAUGGUUGGACUAUAGAACAUGCUCCCACAAGUGAUGGCCAUCAACCUAUAUUGGCUUUAAAAGAGGAUUAGACAAAUUCAUCGAAGAGAGUGCUGUUGAAGGCUACUAGCCAUGAUUGCUAUACUCUGCCUUCACAGUCGGAGACAGCAAUGUAUCUGAAUAGCCAUUGCUAUUCAGAAGGGGAGAGUGUUCUUGUGCUUGAAUCCUGCUUGCUCAUUUCACACAGGCAUCUGGUUGGCCACUGUGAGAAGAAGGAGCUACACUAGAUGGACCACUGGUCUGAUCCAGCAAGCUCUUUUCAUGUCCUUCUUACUUUUUAAAUGUUAUUUACAUCAUGCUUCCUUCUGUUUUCCUUCAUAAAAGCUGUGAAUGUUCUAUGUUGUUUUGGGUGCUUAUUCUCUAAGAAUUGAGUUUCAAACAUUAAUUCGGUCUAUUUUCCCCUUCAGAUACCUUUUCCCCAUGCACCUUUAUGUCCACCUCAUUUGGACUUCUAAUAACACAUGAAACUUUGCCUUAAGCUGAUUUGCUGCUGAAGCAGAUCCAAAGUACUUGUGUUAAUUCGCAACAAAGGAACUUAAGGACCGCCUGAUGUCUUCUGUACUAUCUUGAUCACAGAGAUCUCUGACAUGGCACCUUUGGGUCCUCCAUGCCCCUGAUAUUCAGUGGGCCUUUACCAGGAACUGAGCCUUUGGUGUGGCAGGUCCCGCCCUGCGAAACUCUUGCCAAAAAAAAAUAAAAAAUGCAGUGGGAGCCACCCCUGCUUUCUUUUAGACAUGUUUUGAAAGCUUUGCUGUUCAAGUUCCUUUGGAACGAGAAAUUAUUAUUUUUUUACCAACCAGUUUUGAUAUGCAAUUCAUGUUUUUUAUUCAUGUUGUUAUUCUAGUAUUGUGUUUCAGUGUUGCCUUUUCAUAUGAAAGUGGUUUAUAAAUUUCUCAGCAAUCAAACAAACACCAGGUUGCUUUUCUUCCAUCUUUCCUUACAUGUUCCCGCUUUCUUUUUAGGAUGCCCGCCGUUUAUUUUUUUUAUACAUUUCUUUCUAUCAAUGAGUUUAUGAACUUUCUGAAUUGUUAGCUGGUACAUUUCGUCAACGCGGGCACUAUUUUUAACACACACAACUUAAUGAGAUUUUCUAUUUUAUCACUCACAUUCUUAUAAAACCAUUGUGCACUUUGCCAAAACUCAGUGCAGCGGAAUCCAACAGUGCUGCCCAUGCUUAUGAAAGCAUUUCUGAUUGUAAAUCUUUAAAUGGAAAAAAAAAAUCCUGGUGGCAGAUUAGAAUGCACCCAAAAUAUAGUUUUUUUUUAAAUAUAAAAAAUACACACAUUACAACUCAGUACUUUGUUAGCAAAGAUUACGUCCACAAGAACAGGUGAAGAAAGAGGCCGUGUUUGUGUGUUUGUAUGUUGGGGGGGUGUCAUUUGAGGAGCUUAGAGACCAAAUAUUUUCCCAGAGCAUUAUAUCUUAAAAAUGCUGCCUCAUUAGAAGAGCUAAUGCAUUAGGUGGGAUUUACAGAAAUUGCCACCACAAGUGCCUGCCAUAUAAUUAAAAGAGGAUCAGUUACACAACAGGCUGAAAACCACAGUCAGAUUUUAGCAUUACUUGGAACUAUUUUUAGAAGGCAUAUAAAAAGAAAGUAGGCCCCAACUAUAGAGCAUUUCAGUGUUGAAAGAAGUGAUUAAAAUAGCAGCAUAGUAAAGAGUAUUCACUUAAUCUUGUGAAACAAUGGGAAUGGCUGUGCGUGGUUUUUGUUUGUUCUUCUAGGAUUUGUAUUUAUAUAGAUUUGUGUGUUAUGCAAAAUGGGGCAGGGAAAGCCAGGUCACACUUUGACAAUAGACAUUUAAAUACUUUGGCAUGUAAGUGACUGCUGCUGCAACUGCUUCUAAGCCUGCUACCAACUUGAAGUGCCAGGGGGCUUUGAUGAGAAAUUUGGGUAGUUCUGCUCAGUCAAUUAUGGAUCACACUGAAGGAGUUUCAAUGAAAUACAGUCAUCAGUAUAAUGGAAUAUUCAUACAUCUCUUGAAUUACACCUGUUGUGGGCUUUUUUACCCUAAAGGAAUUGCCACAAAGAAAUGCAAGAUGUCUUUUAGCACAUAUUUUGUAAUUCUUCAGCCUUCAACAUAGCUCUAAGGCUAGUGUUAUGUUGUCACAAUGACUUCUCCUUGCACAAUGGAAUAUUCUCCCUCUCUUCCCUCACUUAAAUUUAUGCUGGGUUUCUCCCUCCCCCACUCCUCUGGAGCAGAUUUGGGCACUAUGUGAGGUGUGCAUGGAGGAUGGGAAGAAGAGGGGGGAAGUCUGGCUGCACAAGCCUCAAUGCUUGUGUCAGUACAAUUAUUUAGUUGAAUAUUAACAAUUUCUUUUCACUACUUCAGGAUUGCCAUGGUGAAAGGGGGGGGGGGAUGCCUUUUCACUGCACCAGCUUCCAGGCUCACACAGCAAAGAAGCCCAUAAUAGGCCCAUUGCCACCAUGUGAUGGCAGCAGGGCAAACACAGGAUCUUUCAGAUCCUGCGCCAGCCCAUCCCUGGAACUACCAGUUUGGGACUUUCUUUCUUUCUUUCUUUUUUAGCGUUUCAGUGCCAAUUUAUUCUAAUAAGACUCAUUUUUACAAAGUAAUUCUCCCAAAUUUAGUGCCUUUUUGUAUGUUAUUUUCAGUAAUAUAGGCUUCAUAUGCACACUCUGCCUUAGUACAUGCAUUUUUGUACACAUUAUUUGGAUGAGGAACUGCACUGCAAAAUUCAGAGAUGCGCAAAUUUUGAAGGAUGGCUGGUUUUAGCUGGCGCAUUGUUUGUUUGUUUUUUUAAAUAAUAUUUAUUAAGAUUUAAAAGGUUACAAAAAGAGAAAAUAGAAAACAGCAUAUUAAGCAAAAACAAAAUAUCACAUCACAAUAAAGAAAAAAAAGCUAGAAAAAUAAAAACAGUUAGGGAAAAAAAAGGAAAUACAAUGAACCUUCCCAUAACUUAUCUUUCAUUUGCUUGUUUCGUUGACCUCCUCACACCUCCCUUUUUUGUAUUCUAGUUCAGUUAGCUAUUUCAGCAAGUCCUUUCCAUCUUUUCCAAUUUUUGUCCUAUAUUUUAUCUUAAUAUAAUGUAACUUUACUUUCCCUCCUUUCACCAUUUAACAAUCUGUUUUUUCUUAAUCCUUUAUAGCAUUUCUGCUAAAGCCACCUUACUUCAUUCCAACAUCCUUCUAACAUUCCUUAAUUUUACAAUGUUUCUGUAAAUAAACUUUAAAUUUCUUCCAAUCUUCUUCCACCGACUCUUCUCCCUGGUCUCGGAUUCUGCCAGUCAUUUCCGCCAGUUCCAUAUAGUCCAUCACCUUCAUCUGCCAUUCUUCCCGGGUGGGUAGAUCUUGUGUCUUCCAAUACUUUGCAAUAAGUAUUCUUGCUGCUGUUAUGGCAUACAUAAAGAAAGUUCUAUCCUUCUUUGGCACCAAUUGGCCGACCAUGCCCAGGAGAAAGGCCUCUGGUUUCUUCAGGAAGGUAUAUUUAAAUACCUUUUUCAUUUCAUUAUAAAUCAUCUCCCAGAAUGUCUUAAUCCUUGGGCACGUCCACCAAAGGUGAAAAAAAGUACCUUCAGUCUCUUUACAUUUCCAACAUUUAUUAUCGGGCAAGUGAUAUAUUUUUGCAAGCUUGACGGGUGUCAUGUACCACCUGUAAGUCGUUUUCAUUGUAUUCUCUCUUAAGGCGUUACAUGCCGUAAACUUCAUACCUGUGGUCCAUAACUGUCCAGUUUGGGACUUUCCACUGGCUACUGCCAGGCACACUGGGGGGGGGGUAAGGCUGCUGUCACAUGUUGACAGCAUCUAGGAGCUACUGUUGAUAGCUGAGUGGGCACAGGACCACGUAAUCUGGAACAAAUUCAGAUUAGAAGAAUUCAAAAGUUCCCUUAUCUACCUACCUAUUAUUAUACACAACAAGAACAGUUGUGCGAUUCUGUCCUUACCGUUAUUUUAUUCUCAGUAUUGGGCUCGUGGGCUUUAUUUGGAAGAUUUCAGCAACCUGGUUAGUUUUUGUAGCACAGACUGAUAUUUGCACAGAGGCAGAUAAAGAUUAUACCCAGAGAAUGAACUAUUAGCCUUCAGCAAGGAUGUUUCCCAACCUCCAAAACUUCAAGGUCAACAUUAGUUUCAUGUGAGUUUUUGUUAAUAAUCUCCAUUUCCCAUCAGACUAGAAGCAGCUUUUGGGAUACCUUCACAUAGAAAAUUUGGAUGAAGGUUUAUGGACAUCCUGCAAUUUCAAAAUGAACAGUGAAAUAAGAUAUUGAGGAAACAUGCACAUCUUCAUUUGCGUUCCAAAUAUUUUACAGUGUAGCAGAAUCACCCAUGACAGAUUUUGCCUCAUCAGACCUUGGAAGAAGUACAGUGGAGUUUUAUAGGUUUUACAGUUGUUCUUAUGCCUCCUUUUCAAGCGUGUAAUUAAGCUGAUAGAAUGCCCAAGAAUUUACAAACCAAAACUGUAGACAAAAACCUAAUAUGCUUGUGCAUCACCAGGGACAAUUCAGGUAAAUAGGACAUUUUAUCCUUCCCAUAAGAUUGCAUAAGAGCUGCGGCCUCAGAACACCUAUAAUAUUACAUUUUGGGUUUUGUUCUGUCUUCUCUAGCUUCUCAACUAAUAAGAUGAAAUACUGGAAAGCCAACAUAUGGGAUAGUAUUGAGAAAUGCCACAGAAAACUAUGGUGUACAGGAUCAUAAUAUUUCCCCCUUUGCUAGGUAAUUCAAUAACCUCUAAACACUGCUCCAGCACGUGUUGUAAACUGACUGGCAAAAUAUAACAUUAAAUCACUAUACUGUGUGGCUCAAUAGUUUCAUUAACCCAGUUCUUCUCUGGAAGGUCCCACAACCCCUGUGCUCCCCAAAUAUAAUUAGAAGAAUUGGGGUGUGCAGAAUGCUGCAGAAGAGAGAAGAUGAUCCACUGGAUAUUGCCCCAAGGUAGUAGCACUUCAAUGUGGACAUCUGGAGCUCUAAAAGGACAGUUCAUGAAACAUACACAGCUCCAUCUAUUUGUCAUUACCAUUUAGGGCAGUAGUUCUCAGAAACCCCCCACCCCAGGAACACUUGUAAAAUGUUGAUUGUCUUGAUGGACUUCUUUAUCAUUUUUUCUGUCACUGUAGCAAUUGUAACAUACUGUGCUAGAUGCUCUAUGAUUGUUAAUUGUAUUUUUAUUACUUCUUUUAUAUUUUAUUUGUUAUAUGGUAUUUGAUUGCAUUACAAUUUGCAUUUCAUGAACCAUGAGUACCCCUGAUUUAGAGUACAGUAUAGAUAGUGUUUUUAGGAAGAUACUUUUCAUUCUCGGCUUCUGUACUCCACUACCCAACAGCAUCAGUGCAGAGGAUAUCUACAACAUAGGAAAUCUUACAUCAUUUGUUUUUAACUGGAAUAGGCUAGGAACUGAGCUGUGUACCUUGUGUAACUCUAUAGUUAGUCUUCCCUCUCUUCCAUUACACUACAAAGUAUAGAAUCUGGUGCAAAUCAUAGAAUUGUAGAGUUGGAGGGACCUUGAGGGUCAUCUAGUCAUGUGCCAGCACUGGAUCAAGGGAAUUCAUUGGCGUAAUUUUGCCACUACUACUCCUGUGCCACAUAUUUGGGGAAAUUCAUACAUAACUUUAGGUGUGUCAUGUAACUAGAUUAGGGGAGAGGGCAAAUGGAAGUGGAAGAAGCACAAAGGAGGAAGAAUAUUCAUUAUGGCAGUCUCAUUCUACAUUGUGCGGAAGAAUGGGAAAGGAGGAAUAAAGCAAAAGACAGAAAAUAUUUACUAAAUUGUGCAGAUUUGGCAUCAGCUCAUGGACAGAAAGCACCUCAACAAUAACUUGAAUAAUGCAAAAGGAGUGAUGGUGCAGAGAAGCCUGUGGUUCUGAUAACCAUGUUACUUUAGUAAAGAGUAAAAUACUACUCAAAGCUCAUUCUAAUCCUUUUUAAAACAAACACUGGAAAAAGAUGAAAGAACUGUUGUAUCUGUAAAAGUUUUGAGCAAACAAUGCAGUCCUAGAGAUAAUGAUACUCUAAAAAGUAGGGGUGGGGAUACAAGUUUAUGCAGUGGGAAUAAUAUAAACAAAGUAGGUUUAAGUGUUUACAAUAGAUUUUCGGGGGGGGGGUAAUAGUCCUUCAGCUGCCAUGACAUGAAAAUGAUUUUAAUCAUCCUAAUGGAGCAGGUGAAUAGGGAAAGAAAUCCAUAAUUGUGCUUUUUUGAAGGCAAAUUAAUUGGCUUUUGCUUCCAUUAAAACAGCCUCUAUUCAACCACUCCUAUAAAAGAAGGGAAAGGUAUCCCUAUUUUGAACAUUUGGUUGUUCAAAAGUGACAUUCUCCAGCAAGAGUCAACGUGUUAUGAUAAGAGUAUUUACAUGUGAUAUGUUUUCUUUUUUACAAAAUUCAGAUGACGAAUUGCAGUAUAGGGUACAAUAACAGCCUUGCUUUUCAAUCAUUCUUCCAACAAAGGAAGAAAAUAUGAGGCCUUAUCUACAUAUUCAGCAAGAUCAUGUGGUAAAUGCCAUAGGAGACUGUUCAACUUCAGAGGAAGAAUGCAGAGGGUGAUCAGUUUGUAAUUAAUUCACCGUGCACCUGAUUAUAGCAAAUUACCAGUCAAGUGACCUUGCAAAGCUUUGGAAAGUCGUUUCCAAAUCACAUAACCAUUCUGUUGUGAGAUGUACCAGAAGACAAUUAAUCUGUUGUAAAGUGGUUUGAAAACACAACAAAUAGCACAUUUCUGUUACAAGUCCUAGUACUACACAAAGAUAAGCAUGCAAGAAUCAAAACGUACAAGUUCACAUACCUUGUGCAGAACUUCACCUUCCAUUGCAUAUGAAAAGACAAGUAUGGAAUGAAGCACUAAUGUGCCGAUAUUUGCAAGCCACCUCCCCUAAUAUCAUGCAUUUUUUUUAACACUUUCCCCUAAAAUAUGCUUGGUUUGAGAACUCCGUCGCAAAAAUCAGAUAAAUGUAAAUUCUGAAGGAUGGCUGUGUUUCCAUAUUAUUUUGGAAAGUGCAUACUCAAUAGGUUCAGCUUUAACUGUAGACUGAAUCAGAUUUCUCCCCCACCUCUACUUGGAAGUAAGUGUCCUGUGGUAUUUUCCCCCAUGUACGUAUAUUGCAUCCUAAAGCCUCUCCUCCUCCCAGAGGGGAGGUAUUGUGAGUGGGAGCCAUUCCCGCAGCGGCAGGGGGGCGUGUUCAGCCCCCUGCGUCAUCUCCUGGCUGCCGCGCUGCCCCUCAAUGGGCCAGCCAAUAGGGUUGGCCCGGAGGCGGGGUUUAGCCGCAUUCAAGCAGCCGCAGAAGCCUCUGCGCCUCAUUCUGCUCCCGGAAGACGUCGGAUCAAUCGGGUGGUUGCCCGCAAAUUGCGUUUCAUUAAUGGCCAUGUGAUAAAGCAUGCUGACAUAAGGUUUAGCGAGGCAUUCCUGUUCAGAGAAGAUGGUGUUCACUUAUCCGUUCACGGAAAUGAUGUGUGGUUGGCCAACAUCGUCAGCUGCAUUAGAAAUUGGUUGCAGCUGUGAGGGUAUUUGGCGGGGAGCCUCUUGGGCUCGGGUGGAGGUUAGGCACUGGAAUAUGUGUUGUGUGUUGGAGGGCACAGUAUGGCCAUCACCUACCCCCCCCCCAUUUGGGGUAUUCCGUGAAAGGAGGUCGUGGAUCCUGUCCAACACCCUGCUGGUGGCUAGGACCAUAGCACAACCCCCAGUGACACCAGGGGAAGCUUCCAGUUGUAUUUGCAUCAACAAGCUCCUCCCACUGGUUGUUAACCUUCAAAUGACCCCUGCUGCGUGGGUGGGAUCAUAUAUAGGUUGUUUCAUCCAAUGCCUAAGCCAGUACCGCUCACAUGCUGUAACCAAUAAAAGUUGUGGCCUUUUUCAGCCCAUUAACCUAAAAUACUUGUGUCCUUGUCUCUUAUUCACUACUACGUGUGUUAGGGUUCUCAACUCACAAAUACAUUCCUAAGGAUUGGUGGUUGUUAGGGUUUCUGGGUAGCAAACUUUGCUAGAGGAACUUUUUUGAAAAUGGGAAGUGGGGUUGGAGGAAUCCUCCAACUUUGCUGCUUUAUUUGUUUUUCUAUCUGCUGGCAAGUGGGCCAGGCAGCUACUUAGGAUGGGCCACAGUUGAAUGUGAGGGUGACAGGAGGUUAUGGAAACCUUUUCCUGUUUCUGCUAUGUGUCAUACAGCAGGGUUUGUAUCAAAGCUGUUGAGGGGGAGCCCAAUCCAGAGGCAUCCUCAUUAUCUCUUUUUCUGAUUGUUUCCAAGUUUUUUUGAACAGAAGGCAGUGCAGAGACAUCUUCAUUAUUAUCACUUUUUUUUCCAGGAUUGUUCAUGAGUUCACAUUUUUCCAGACUGUUUCAAAGGUUCUUUUUGUGGAGGCACCCAUUUUAGAUGGGGAGAGCACAGUGCAAAGGCAGAAACAUUAUUAUUAUCAUCAUCUCCUCAUACACCCCUAAUUUUGACAUAGUCACAUUUAUUUAGCUGAACCAAUAAAUCCCUCCAAAGAGACUCUCUUGUAUCUUAUACAAGAGAGUGGUGAGUGGGUGUUACUUUUGCAGUACCACUUAAUAUAAAUAUGCCUAGAAAGAGCCAAUAUCAAAAAUGUUAGGGAAUCCAAGUUAUUGCACCAAAAAUCGCAGAGAGUAUUGUGCUCCACCAAUGCUGUCAAGACUAGCAUGUGGCUCAGGAUCUCUUAUCUUUCCUCCCAGGUUGUCUUUUUAAAUUGUGAGCAAAUGAUUGGCCCUUAAAUUUCAGGCUGUUUUUAUAACUGUAUUUUUGGGCCAGUUUUUUAAUUAUUAUUAUUGGCUGAUAGUGACAGGCAACCAUAAAGCUGAAGAUAGAUAGCAGUUUUUAUAGAUGGACUGCACCAAACGUAAUCUUCAAGUAUGGGUGAAAUCUGAAACAAUCACUUAUGUUAUGGACUGGGCUGAAAUCUAAAGGAAUCCUUUAAGUUUUAAAGGACUUAAGCACUGCCAAGAGAAGCAAAACAUCUGGCUGUGUAUUUAAGCACUAGAUGCACUAUAGGAAAGUAUACACUUCCUCGCUUUUCAGCUGCAUCUCAUAGCAUGUCAUCUUUACAAAAGCAAAAUGGAAGGUAAGAAUAUGGCACAAUGUUUAGUACUAAGAACAGGGAAUGCUUUCUAAGUUCACAGUGUCCUGGAGUCUUAAUCAACACAUGUUGAAACAAUUGCAAACAUUCUUCCCAGAUAAGUUUCCCAGAGGGAUGGAAGAUUCAUCCAAAGAAGUAGAAAUGAUUCAAUUGACAGUAAAAUUUGGAUUUUGAUCUGCAGGAUCUUCACUCCCCAUCCCCUGCUCUUGCCAUUUGACACAGCAGCCUUUAAAAAAAGCCUUUAUAAAAAAAGUAGGGUAUUGAUUUGGAAGUUCCUUCAAACAAGCUAGAAAAUGCUUUACGCAGAUAUAGUCGAACCAGGAGCUGCAGGAGUAUAAUACAGUAACUCAACAAUAUCUGUGCUUAUGCCGGCAUUCGUUAACUUGAUUCUUUGGUGCAAGAGCAAAAUACAAUAUUCUAAAUAAGCAUAUGCAGUGGUACCUUGGGUUACAUACACUUCAGGUUAUAGACUCCACUAACCCAGAAAUAUUGCUUCAGGUUAAGAACUUUGCUUCAGGAUGAGAACAGAAAUUGUGCUCCGGCGGCGUGGCAGCAGCAGGAGGCCCCAUUAGCUAAAGUGGUGCUUCAGGUUAAGAACAGUUUCAGGUUAAGUACAGACCUCCGGAAUGAAUUAAGUACUUAACCCGAGGUACCACUGUAUCAUGCAUUUGAUUUUGAGAAUUUCUUUUUAUAAUUGAUAUUUAUUGAAUUUUCAAAAAAUAACAACAAAAAUUUCCAAAAAAAAAAAAAUUAAGGAUACAAAAAACAAAAAUAGUACAUAAACAAAAAAGAAAAGAAAACCCAGCCGCAAAGAAAAAAAAAAAGAGAAACAGAAAAACAAAAAUAUAAAGUCCUUUACAAUCUCUAUUGACUUCCUUUCUAGACUUCCUCCUCCUCCCCUCUUUUGUUUCUUAAUUUUUAAUUUUUACAGCAAAUCCUUUCUGUUUUUUCAUAACAAUCUGUCAUUACGUUUCCUUAUUCUAUUUUCCCUCUUGUCAUAUAAAAACUUUAAAACUCAUAGCUUAUAUUCAAUAUUUACCAAAUUCUUGCAUCAUUACCUUUUUACGAAUCAUUUACCAAUCCUUACUUAAGCCAUGUAAUUUCAUUCAACAUCCUUCAAACAUUUGUAAGCAUUCCCAAUAUUAAAAAAUAAAAAAGAAAAAUAAUAAGUCAAAUUCAGUCCAGUCAGCUUCCAACCUCCCCUCCCCUGGACCCGGGAUUGUCAGUCCUUUUAACCUCGAUAAUCCGGCUCCUUAACCUGGUUGUCUCGUAUCCGAGGCCCUCAAGUCUCUUUCUUGCCCCUUUCGCCACUCUUGUUGAUGAUUCCUUUCCAGUCGUGGAUGCUCCAGCAAGAAAAUGCUUUUGACCCUUUGCAGCAAGUCCAUCCCAAACCCAUUGCCCAAGCCAGACAGCAAAUAAUACCACUUCAAAUUUCCACAAAGCUUGGAGACUUCGGCUACUCCAAUCCUCUGAUAGCCCAUCACCAGACUCGGAAGGUCCAAAUAACCAUAUGGAGGGGGUCGAACCAUCCCACCAUUUCCAAAUCUGACCACAUUUCAUCUUUCCGAAUCUGGUUUGUCCCAAGUUCAUUUAUCAAGUUCAAAGGCUGAUCUUGCCCGUCCAAAGGUCCCUCCAUCUCUGAAGCCUCCGUCACUACAGCAGGUUCAUAUGCUUGUAUAGCCUUUAACUGAAUUUCAUUUGUUUGCUGCUGUGCUCUGGUAACUUCCAUCAUCAAGGUCGUCUCCUGACGCAUCUGGUCCAGCUGGGCACUUAGUUUUGAAAAACCUUCCAGGAACAAUUGUUCAAGCCUUUGUACUAGCAUUGUCCUUCAAGGUCAAAGAAAAUUCUUUCCCACGAGAAUAGUCCAAUAGUCCUUCUCUUUUAAUCUCUCUGCGUUGAAAUUUCACUAAAUUCCACUAGAUGGAAUUUUUUUUUUUUUUUAAAGGAAUAAAAGCAACAGCAACAAUCUUUCUUUUUCCAGAAACACUUUAUCCAAAAUUCCCCCUUCCAAAUUCAAGAGGCAACAGUAGAAUCAAAAUGUUACCCUUCUUUUAACUAACUGUCGAGCUGGAUAAACUUCAGAACGUCAAUUCUGACAGCCCGCUCCUGGUUCAGGGCGGUGGAAAAUUGCUUUAUUUUAAACUCACUUCCGCAGGAUUGAAAAGUCCAAAUACAACCCCCUUCUUCUCCUGCAGUCAAAGGGGGUUCAGAAAUCUUAGAUGUUGAAUUCUAGUUCUCUUAGAAUUUAAUUUUCAAGCUUUAGUAUAUUUUGUCUUUGCUUUCUUCACAUAACAAAAGAACGGAAGGCGACUUCCUGUUUAGACCUUCCCAUUCCGAGUCCCAAUUAAGUUCAAUUUCAAGUCCAAUAUUAUUUGUUUAUUCACCAGUCUUAAAAGUGGUUCAACUCUUCCAAGAUCAGGUACUCACGGAUAGAUAUUUUAGAUGCCAAAUUGUCCAGGAAAAGGCAGCGCUCUCCGAUAACGGCAGUGCGGCUUUGCUGCACGGAGGAAGCAGACGACUCACAGCACCACGCACCUCCCACUCCGGAGCCCGUUACCGGGCUCCUGUACAAGGGGAGAGAGCGCUCUCGGUGCCCGCCGAGUCCCACGUCCACAGGCUUCUUCCGCCUGUGGUUUUGCGGGUCCCCGCUGCGCCGUAGCGGCAGGACCCAAGCCUCCGUGCAGCGGGUUCCCUUCAGUCCGAAGGGAAUUCCGCCAUUUUCCGGAGGCGCCACCCCGGAAGUCUGAUUUUGAGAAUUUCUAUCUGAUGAGUCCAAAAGGGAUGAAUAAUAAACUAUAACUAUGCACCAUGGCCAUUAUAUCACAUUCAGUGCCCAAACAAAGUUUGAGGAAAAUACAAAAGGUGUCCCUCCUAAUAUUCAUUUAUAUAUAACCAGGAGGAGAAUAUCUAAAGAAAUAAAGGAAAGCUCACAGGUCACUCAGAUAAUGUGCUUCUCUUUUUCAUCCUGAAUGCCUGCAUACUGUGAGUUUACCUGGGAAAACAGAAACUUUCGGAAGUGUGUAAUCCUUCAUCUCAUCUGAUGAACAAGACCUUGAUCCAUGGAUGUUUGUGCCACUCUAAGGCUGGGAGAAAAAUUUGGCUGAUGCUUGUAGAGCAGACAUCCCCAACCUGUGGCCCUCCAGAUGUUUUGGCCUACAACUCCCAUGAUCCCUAGCUAACAGGACCAGUGGUCAGGGAUUAUGGGACUUGUAGUCCAACACUUCUGGAGGGCUGAAGGUUGGGGAUGCCUGUUGCAGAGGCUCUGUUCUGGACCCCAAGCUGUGACUUGAAACCUCCAUAGAAACCUAAAGGGCAGGCAAGAUCUGUUGGAGUGUUAAUGCUUUGAACCAUUCCAUGCUAUGCUCACGUUGUAUAUAUGCACAAAUAAAAUCAUAUAUAUUUUAAAGACACUACUGACCUUCAUUCCAAGAAAACUGAAGCCUGGGUAAGUGCUAGAACCUCUCACAGCUCAGAGAUUGGGAUGUACGCAGCAGUAUAUAGGGUGGAAAAUAAAAGUCAUGAAGCAUCUGGUACUGCACAGCAUCUGAAAUGUUUUCUGGAUACAGCAAGGGUUUCUUGAAACAGCCACAGAGGUUUGUGUUAAAAGCAAAACACAUGUUUUUAUAUAUUUUAUUAAUAAUAUGUUUAUCAAAACAAAAUCUAAGUAUACCUUAACUAGAUAAUUGGAAAGUUAUUUCUGCUUGGCUACACUAUCAUGGAAUCACAUAUGUGCUGACACCUCAUUAUUCAGCACACAUCUGAACUAGAUUCAGAUGAGAGAUUAGCAAUAAGGGUGUUGUUGUUCUUUCUUUUUUAAAAAAUUAAUAUUUACUUAUGGUUAAUCACACACAGGUUUGCUCUAAUAACAAGACACUAGUCUAAGUGAAUGUUUGGAUUGCUGUAAAAAUUGAAGCUGGCAAGUGCAAGCAUUUUGCUAACGUAACAGCGAUGUAAGGAUUUUCAUUUUUUUAAAAAAGUCUAAGUUAAGCCUCACGUAUACCAUGGUCGCACGCUUGCACUGAAUUGCUGCCUCUUGUUGCAGAUAAAACGCAUGCUUAUUGGAGAGUUUCUUCAAACCAACUGUGUUUGUAAUCCAAGUACUCAAGUGCUAAUGGAUUUUAAUCUUGUACAUUAGAUCUUGGACAGUAAAGCUAAGAUUUAGCUGUGCCAAGGUUUAGCUUCAAGUCUUAGCCUUCCUACUGAGGAUGGAUGGAUGGCCCAGAUGCAGAUGUUGAGAGAGGCAAUGAUGCAACACAUCCCCAGUCUUUGGCUUGUUUGUUUGGUGUAGAAGCUUGAUAACUUGGAUGGGCUACCUAUUCCUUUGCCUUGGAGAAAACUCCUCAAGUAUUGGCUGGUAUUGCUUCAUUUAUAAAAGCAAGCUCCUUCCGAGGUUUCCCUCCACCACCAAGAUUUUCAGAAGCAAAAGUCUGGUGGGACCUGACUUCUUGGUACUUUCCCUCGCUCAAAUUUGUAUAUGGCUCAGCCAAUGUCUCUCCUAUCCUGGCGACAUUAAAAGAGGUUUCGGGCGAUGGGGGCUACAGCUGGAGAUUUGACAUUUCGCUGUUGCAGGUAGCAGCAGCCAGAGACCCUCAGUGAAGGAGCUGAGCUAUUCAUCUCUGCCUUCUCCACAGCUGGCUGCUGGAAUUACUCCUCCUUUUGAGGAAGCCGACCGUUUGACACCUUUGGCCAGCAGCGAGAAGCAGAGAGAGCUGGAGAUGGACAGACAGGAUAAUCUUGCUGAGGUGAAAGCAUAG